ACCAGUGCUACCUGUGUUACCUGCUAGGCACCCUCGAGCCGUACGAGCAAGUGUCGACGAGGAGCGAGGCCUUGUGGAAGCGACUUGAGCACCGGAUCGAGGGUGUCGAAUGCAAAUAUGUCUGGGGCCGGAAAGUUGUAAUGCUGGGCUGUGAAUAGUGGAUGGGAUGCUCGGUACUGCACCGCCAAGCAAGCAUAAUGAGAAAUAUUCGCGCGGCUUUGCGUUGCUUUUUCCGCAUGACAAGCUCUUUCUAAACGACAAGGGGGGUUCGUCUUUCUAAAUGACAAGCUCUUUCUAAAUGACAAGCUCUUUCUAAAUGAGGACGACCACAGGGGGUUCGUCUCAAUGAAAUGAAAUGACAAGGAAGAUGAUGGUCUCUUCUUGGACACGCAUCACAAACUCUUCGUUUUCAUACAGUCAUACGCGACGAGCAUGACAAACCUACUUGCAUCCUUCCAGACCCAGACAGUAUUUGCACCUGAUAGAGAGCCUGGGCGAGCAAUCGGUCUCGAAACUGCUACUCCAGCUGAUCCGCGUCACCUCUCCGCAAGCGAGCUCCCGACUCAAAGCCCGCGCGUUGCAGAUUCUGCAGCAACGAAUCUUGCAGCUGCACCUGGACACACCUUUGCACGUCCUGCUCGACGUCGCACCCGCAACCGAAACAAGCGACGACCUGCACGCUCGGGUGCGGGGCCAGGUUGGAGUCCCGGGAGGAACUACGUCGGCGGCGCCCGCGCCCGACUAUAAUGCUGCACCAGCGGAAGUACAACAACACGCAACUACAAUUUCCGC